AUGUCGCUAGACACUGUUUGGAAGCGGGGCUUCUCCUCUCCGCCUCACUCCUCCGCCCCCUCCACCCCAGACCCUUUUGCUGAUGCUGGCGACAACGACGUUAAGGGAAAGGACGCCAAGGACUACGUGCAUGUACGCGUGCAACAGCGCAACGGCAAGAAGUGCCUGACGACCGUGCAGGGCCUCCCAAAGAAGUUUGAUCUCGACAAAGUUCUCAAGGCCCUGAAGAAAGGCGAGUGCCGGCAUGCGGUUGGGGCGGCGGAGUACUGCUGCAACGGCACAGUGGUGGAGGACAAGGAGCUGGGCAAGGUGCUGCAGCUGCAGGGCGACCAGCGCAAGAACGUGUCCGCCUUCCUCAUCGGCAACGACCUGACUAAGAAGGACGCCAUCAAGGUCCACGGCUUCUGA